AUGGCCGUCAUUGCAAGCCAAAGACCCGGGGAUCCUUCGGGGAACCCACCGUUAACUGCAAGAGCCGUUAAGCUAAUUAUCAUAAUCUCGAUAUUCAUCCCCUUUUCGAUCUUGGCCGUUGCACUUCGACUAUGGGCUCGGAAGAUAACAGGUCAAAAUAUUGCGGUUCACGACUGGGCGAUCGUCGCCGCAUCAAUCUUCAAUUGCGGCCACGCUGCUUUGAAUUUAUACAUAUCCAUUGCUGGAGGAAGUGGGUAUCAUAUAGAAUAUCUUAUUGAAUAUUGGCCUGUGACUAUUCCUCGCCUGUACAAAGCCUACUUGGCCACAGAACCCCUGUGGACCGUCGCCAAUAGCCUGAUAAAAAUUAGCAUACUCCAUUUCUACGUUACGAUAUUUCCUAAUAGACGUUUCCAUAUACUCUGCUAUAUCGUUAUGGGUCUCAUAGCUGCCAACGCAGUAUGCGUACUUGUCAGGAUGUUCUUCUUCUGCACGCCCUUCGAGGCGACGUGGAAUCCCGAUUUAUUUACAGCAAACCGGGCUGCUCAUUGCAUCAACUUGAACGCUGCAUAUCUAAUUGAUCCAAUUAUUAAUAUGGUAUUUGACAUUAUAGUCUUCUUCCUUCCACUGCCACAAAUUUGGCGGUUACGUUUGGAAGUGAGAAAGAAGUUGAUGCUUAUUGGUAUAUUCACUGUGGGGUUAUUAAUAUGUAUCAUAACAUCUCUCCGGAUUUGGACCCAUGCGCGGUUGCCACUAAGCGAGAUUCCAUAUCAAAUAGCGGAGGAUGGUAUCUGGGCAAUCUUGGAGCCUUGUCUUGGCAUUAUCAAUGCCUGUCUCCCCCUUCUCAGACCACUUGGCACCAGAUUCUCAAGCGUGCUCACGUGGGGUAUGUUUUCUAAUAAGGCUUGUUCUAGCAGAAAGAGCGCCGGGACAGAUUUCGACAGGUCUCAACAGGAAAGGGGCGAGGCCAGGGGUAAUCGCGUAUGCAUACCGUUGCAUGAGGUCUCCAUCUCAACUACCGAGCCAAGUACGCGUCGAGGGACUAUUAUAGACCAUGAAAACGAAAUCUCGAUUCUACCACAGGCGCACAAUAGAGACCGUGUUGCCGGUUGUAUUCUAGGGCGAGAAGCCGGGGGUAUCAGAGUGACGGUUGAGUGGGAAGUACAACGGGAGGGUUAG